AGCGAAGGCGGCGAUUUCCCUGUGAUUCUCACACGUGACCCUCCUCACUAGUUCCCAGGCGGUCACAUCACGGAGCUUGAGACCAUGCAUCAGAAGGCGCUGCUGUUCGUUCUGCUGGCGGUGGGCCUGGUCUGCCUCGGCCUGGCGCCCGCCUGCCGGGCCCAGAACCAGGACGAAGACGCAGACGUGGAGGACGACCUGGACCUGGACCUGGCCGGAACCGAGGACGACGACGAGCUGGAUGGGGACGAAGAAGCCCCGCCCGCACCAAAAGCCCCCACUGCGCCAAAGGUGACCUACAAGGCUCCAGAACCGAUGGGGGAACAUUUCUUCGCCGAGUCGUUUGACCGGGGGACCCUGGACGGGUGAGCGCACACACCUGACCUGGUU